AUGUUGGUGGACUUGAAUGUCAUUUGGCCUCAGCAAAGCUUCCGUGAUGAAGUGACCCCGAAACAGGUCGCAAAAGUGAGAGAGACGCUAAGUACUUUGCAUGCCUUAGGUUAUACACAUGUGGCAUUGAACUUUACAGUGAACCAUAGUGAUAAAUUCCCGACCAAUGCAAAAGAAAUGAAUCCAAUGAAGAUUUCUGAGAGGUUUGGUGAUCUGAUAGAAGCCACGGGACUGAAGAUAUACUCCAGGAUAACAUUGGUCAUAGACGAUCCCUCCAGAGGCCAGUCUCUUGCCAAGAUAUCGCAGCACUUCGACAUAGUCGCUGCUCUCCCAGUCAGCGAACGUGGCGUUACUUUGGCUACCACAAACCUCGACAUCGACCUGCUCACUUUCAACUACGGCCAACGGUUGCCCGUGUUUCUGAAGCACAAGAGCAUCUGCAGCUGUGUGAAGCGUGGCGUCAAGAUCGAAAUCGUCUACGCAUACGCUCUGCGCGACUUACAGUCCAGAAGACAGUUCGUCUCAAACGUGCGAAGCGUGAUUAGAAGCUCUCGUUCCCGCGGCAUAGUCGUAUCUAGCGGUGCGCAAACUGCUCUCGAAUGCAGAAACAUUCUUGGCGUCACCAGUCUCGUCAAGAUCCUGGGUCUUCCAAGCGACAAGUGCUCGCGAGCUAUGGGUCAGCUCGCCUCGCUGGUGCUUCUUAACGGCAGACUGAGAAACAAGAGUUACAAACAAACAAUAGUUGUAGGCGGCGGCGGCGCUGGUUGCGAUGUUGUUAACGAUCUGCAGGGGAUCGACGAAACGCGGACCAUCAAAUUAAUUAAACGAACCAGCAUUAACAAUAGCAGCGACGACGACAGCACCGACCGCGACCCAAAAAGGGUGAAAAUAUAG